UUUGGGUUUCUGUUAUAUGCUAGUUGCACCGGGACUGAGAGCAAGUACUCAACCCUGUGCUACGAUUUUAGUGGAUUACCACCAAUAAUCGCCACUUUGCUCAUUUGAGAAAUAUAUUUUAUUAUUAGGACUGUCAAAACAUCGGCACCUGACACCCGCUGGUCUGUCAACUCACAGUGCAACACUAACGGAGGAAAUUAAAGCCCGUCAUGUUCAAUCCACACAUCCAUCAGCAGCAACAGCAGCAACAGCAACAGUUUCACCAGCACCUGCGGCAGCUACAACAACUUUUCCAGCAGCAGCCUCCGCCUCCUCCACCACCGCAGCCGCCACCUGGACACCAUGUCCCCCAUCACCACCACCAGGCACAGCGAUCCAUUCCUGUUACUCCCCAGACAGCUCCUCCUCCCAGGAUGGUCAACCUGUGCCAGACAACCCAGACUACCAUCAUGGCCCCCAAUCCCAUGCUGCAGGGGGCCCUACUGAUGCAGCAGAUGCAGGGUAACAUGCGUAACUUUGGAAUGGGUGGACAGCAGUUCCGUCAGUUCUUCGCAGCUCGGGCAAGGUCUUCUCUGCUCGGGCCAGUUCCGAUGGGCAUGGGCAUCAAGACCCCCAUGAUGGGUUUCCCAGCGGCUCGACCGUACCACCCACAUGCUCGCUACUACAACAACAACAACACCAACAACACCAUCACCACCACAGCCCCUUCCUCCUCUGCCUACUCCUCUUCCAUCACCUACACAGACACUGCAGCUCGCCAGCCAGACAGGAAGAGGGACAGCGAGCAGAUGGCAGAUGACCAACCAGCAGCUAGCAGUACCAAUGAAACCACUGACAAGACUGAAACAGAUGGCGCCGUGGGAGGAGUGGGUGGGCCCACACAGCCCUCUGAGGAGCGACUUGAAGAACCUGUACUGAAGAAACAGAGGACAGAGGGGUCAGAGGAGCCCAAAGAACAAUGUGUUGUUGAGACCGAUACCGUUACAGUUACAGAUACAGAUGUGGCUGUUCUAUCCGCUGAGUGUAAUAGCAACACAGAGGACAGCCAGCUUGAAGACUGCAUCAUUCUGGAGGAAGGAGGCUCCGCAGGGGGAUCAGAUGUAAUCCUCCAGGACCUGGAGGAGAGCAGAGCUGCUGAGGUUCACAGCCUGUUGGCCCCGUCCCCAUCUGGCGGGCUGACUGAAGAAGACCAGCAGGUUAAUUUAUUCCCAGAGGAGAUGCCACAGGACAAAGAUGCCCCACUGGCUUUACCAGACAACCAGGAAGAAGAAGAAGUGGAAGGUGUAGCUGACGGAGCCAACAAGUUCUACUGCUACCUCUGCGGCAUCACCUGCCACAACCAGCAAAACUUCAGGAGUCAUAUGAACAGUGUUUCCCACCAGCAGAGGAUGAUGGAGAUCCAACACAUGAGCAACGCUUGCCUGGUCACCCUGCUGCCACGAGUGCAGGAGUCUCUACAGGAAGCAAACAAAGAUGGGGAGAAGAAGCACUGGUGUGCCACCUGUCACACCUACUUCACCAGUAGCAUCAUGGACCACCGUCGCACAGAGGAACACAAAGUUGCCAGCAGAGCAGCCAUCUCCUCCUGCACAGUCUGCAAGAAACACUUCAGGACCUCCCAGAUUUUUGUGGAGCACUUGCAAUCUCAGGAGCACAGACAGAAAGUGGAGAAGCUCCAGGAACAGGAGGGCUGUGAGUCUUUAGGCAAGCUGACCGCCAUGGACACGGACGGCUUCUCCCUAGAAGAGGUGGAGGGCAGUGAGGUGGAGGAGGAAGAGGAAAGACCGAUGAAUGAAAAGGAUGAGUGGUCAUUCCUUAAAGAAGUGACUCUAAAGGACAUGGCCAGUGAUGAACAGUAUGACGCUGACACAGUCUAUGGGUCCAGUUUUUUUGUUCCAGUCGCAGGUUUUAUCUGCAGACUUUGCAACAAGUUUUACCACUUUGAAUCUUCUGCCCUGCACACCCACUGCAAAUCACUGAAGCAUUUUGAGAACCUCAAGACGUACAGAGAGUUGCUGAAUCAAAAGAGUGGAGCUGUUGAAUCUUCGAGAGAGUCUCCCCCCACUGCAGACAGCCUCAGGCCUGAAACAGAAAAAACCACACACUGUUCAGAUGAGAAUUCCCUCUCUGAUGACACUGGUUUAGAGACCAACCCAGACUCCAGACAGCCCACCAUUGCACUCACCCCAUUGAAGAUGCAGACAGAAAACCAGGAACAGGAGGAACCAGCAGAACCUGACCCAACCUCACAGGACCUCAUCAGCACCUCAGCGACCAGCACUGGCAGCACAGACCAAGAGCUCACCCUCCACAGCAAGGAGGAGACCACCUCCGAGGCCUCUGUAGUUCAGGAAACUCCAGCUGAGCUGCUCGCUGAUAGCAGAGAGGAGCAGGUCUCAGAGCAAGCAGCUGCUGUUGAGGAUGCUAAUGCAGAGGAGCAAGUCUCAGAGCAAGCAGCUGCUGUUGAGGAUGCUAACGCAGAGGAAGAGGAAGCACCUGCUGUCAUAGGGAAAAAAAGCGGCACAGGGAAGGCAAAACCCAAACGGAGGUCAGGGAGGGCCUCAAACAGACGCUGAGUUAAAGAUGAGAUGUGGAAGAAAACCACAAUCGUAACCGUAGGACAGGAUGUGUCGGUAUGUGAAGAGGAUCUUGCCUGAAACCGAGACCAACAGCCCUGCCUCUCUCCAUGUUGGAUGGUUGGAGUUAAGCACACACCAACAAACAGGAAGAAUGUUGAUUAAUCACAGUGGAGCAUGAUUUCUUAUUCUAUGCUCUCCCAGGGUGGGAAAUUAACACCUGACAGCCACCACACAUGUGUUUAAUCCGUAACAGUGGCUCUCAGAGGAUAAUGUUCACUUGAGUAGUGCAGUCUCCAGCCUCACCUCUAGAUGGCAAAAAUCAAAAUGAGAUCUUGUAGCUACAUGUAGACAUUUAGCUCAGAACAAAUAUGUAAAAACCUUUUAUUGGUUAUCCACUAGAACAGCCAUCACUUAGAUACUCAUGCUGUGUCCCAAGUCCAUACUUCAUACUAAACCUCAGCAGGUUCUGACUGUCAAAAUAAAAUAACUCGACUCUCCAUCUUGCCUCAUCAUGAGGUCAAAAUUUCAGGAACCAGUGUGAUGUUGACUUCUGGGUUAGCCUACAAAAUCCUACAAAAGUAAUGACAUUCUCAUUAGCCUCAGUUCAGCUGUACUUGUGUUUAGAGCUAAAUAGAGCAAUUGGUGGCAUGCUAAAAUGAUAAACUAAGUACAACCUGGCAGAGGCACAAAUAUUCUGCAAAAAUAGUAUAAUAGGACAGUUCUACUGCAUAUAAGUAGAAUGGUAUCAGGACACACUUAUGUAUUCUAAAAGAUAAAUGCAAAUUUAAUUUUUCAUACAGAAAAAAGGAAAUAUUGAGAAAUUUGUGUUUUAUCAGCUUACCCCCAUCUGCAAUUACAAAUGUGAUUUAUUUAUUUAUUUAUUCCCCCCCUUUCUUUGACUCACUAUUAAAAUCAACAGUAAUUGCAUCUUACCGCUAAUGAACGGGUUCCAGGCUUUUUAAUGAGGCAGAGAAAUAAAGGGGCCAGAAGAUUUUUUACCUACUGAUGUUAAUUUCCCACCCUGUUGUCCUCAAGGAUCAGGAGUUUGAUUUGUUUAGCUUUUGCUAAUUCUCCAGCUUGCUAGAUGGACGAUUGUUAACUUAAUAUAAGUGGCGACAUCUUCAACAUUGUUAACAACGUAGCACACGCUUUUAGUGAGCUGAAAUGUAGAAUGUAACCAUUUAAGUGUUUGAGAGGGUGACAACUUUUGUUUUAAAAAAGUGUUAAAAAGGUACUUGAGUGAAAUGCUGAACCUUGAGUCUGACCAGUCUUGUUCAGGGCAUUUUAUUAUCUUGUUUUGUUUUUAGACAUUUUGGGCUCAAGUUGACGUCGUGUUUGGGGCACAAAAGUUGCCAGCAGCUGUGGCCUUCUUACUGAAACAGUGCCGGAAAUAGGGAAGUUCUUUUGCAUGAUGAAUAAUUUAAAAUGUGUUGGGAUUCAACACAAUCAGAAGGAGCUGAAUGAAGUAUUGAACAACUGUCAACAAAAUGUCUAAAAACCCUUUUACAUCUGCACAGUCAUACGGGACAGAAAGCCCUGUAUUCUUGAGGUUAAAUUGGUUCUUUAAUGAUAAUUGGCAAAACAAAAAAACAAGCUGCUCUGUCUGCAUUUUUUCAUUUUGAAUGUUUAAAGCUCGUCAGUCAAGGUAGGUAUCUGCUGCUUGAAGCUUGAAAGUUUCUUCUUGCUGGAUGUUUGCACUUCAGUGGACCCAAAAAUCUUUUCGCUCAUAAAAAUAAAAGCAUUAACAUAGAAUGGCUCAUGUUGGCAUAACAGAGUGAUUUUAUACAAAAUCAUAUUUACAUAUUUCUGGUGUGCCUCCAUUUAGGAAAAAAACUUCCUUUAAUUUUUCAUGGACUUUUAAUGCUGUUAGUGGUCCUUGCUUAUUUUCCUCCAAUUUUCCAUUGAUUUUUUUUCUUCUCAUUAAGAUGUUUUAUUUGCUAUACACUGGACGUAUGAGUUGAUGUAAGGAGGGGAAAACAUGAAGUGUCUGUAGGUAUUUAAUGUAGCAAAUUCUCCUCGCAAACUGAUUUUUAAGCAGCACUCAGUGCAGUACAGUAGAUUAUCCCAGUUGCAUUAUUCUACAAAUGUGUAACUUUGGUUCCAGCAUUUCAGCAGUCACAAGGCUUCAUGACUUCUUUGCUGCUUUGGAAAUAUGUCAUCCUUCAUAUUAGAGAAAGGAUAUUUUAAACCACAGAAGUGGUUGGCUGAUACAGUAGCAACACUCAUAGUCAUGGUGGCGACUGUCAUGUGAUUAGUACGGCGUCAUGUUGUGUCUGAA